CAGCUGCGGUGGCCGCGGGAGUGUGAGAAUGCAAAGUGCCAUGUUCCUGGCUGUCCAGCACGACUGCGUACCCAUGGACAAGAGCCCAGGCAACGGCCCCAAGGUCGAGGAGAAGCGGGAGAAAAUGAAGCGGACACUCUUAAAGGAUUGGAAGACCCGUUUGAGCUACUUCUUGCAGAAUUCCUCUACUCCUGGGAAGCCCAAAACUGGCAAGAAAAGCAAACAACAAACUUUUAUCAAGCCUUCUCCUGAGGAAGCGCUGCUCUGGGCAGAAGCAUUUGAUGAACUGCUGGCAAGUAAAUAUGGGCUUGCUGCAUUCAGGGCAUUUUUAAAGUCUGAGUUCUGUGAAGAAAAUAUUGAAUUCUGGUUGGCUUGUGAAGACUUCAAAAAAACCAAAUCACCCCAAAAACUGUCCUCAAAAGCAAGGAAAAUAUAUACUGACUUCAUAGAGAAGGAAGCUCCCAAAGAGAUAAACAUAGACUUUCAAACGAAAACUCUGAUUGCCCAAAAUAUCCAAGAGGCUACAAGUGGCUGCUUCACCACAGCUCAGAAGAGGGUAUACAGCUUGAUGGAGAACAACUCUUAUCCUCGUUUCUUGGAGUCGGAAUUCUACCAGGACUUGUGUAAAAAGCCACAGAUCACCACCGAGCCCCAUGCUACAUGAGACAAGGACCCCCCCCGCCCCCCCCUACACACAGAAGACAUUCCAUUCUGUCUCCCAAGAGCAAAGGCUGUGACCUGCCAGGAAAAAAACAAAAACAAAAAACUGACCUUGAAUUCAGCCUGAGUGUUAGGAAAACAUCGCUCAGAACUAUUGAUUCAAUGUUGGGUAGUGAAUGAGGAAGCCAGCAACCUAGGAGAGGCUCUGUAUGAGAACAGCUUCCCUUGCUGUGUGAAAAACAGAGGGAGGGAACAAGGUUCUGAAUGUGCUCUUCCUCAUCGGGAAAAGCAGGGUCUGAGAUGAACGAUACAAUGGGAUGUUGUUGAAGCAUUUAAAAAUCAAUAGGUCUGGGAUUAUGUGGCCUUAGCUAGCUGGCUGUACACCUUUCCCUAAACUAGUCCAUGUUACCACAUAGUGGUUUUAGUUCUAGUUUUAAUAUUUUAGUACUAAGUAACAUUACAAUGUUUACUGUGUGCAAGGGUGUUGAUGUUCUUAGGACUACAGAUCACUAGCACUAGUGUGUCAGUCAGGUAUCAUUGAAACUGAGAAGUAUGUUUGCAUUGUUAAGUGUGUGAUGGAGUGAAUGCUGUACCGUGCUGUAGAGCCAGCAUCUGUUACAUGUGCCAAAAACUGUCUUGUAGGCAGCUAAACUUUGAAGUGGUUUUUGAAUACUUUUAAUAAAUUUAUUUUGCUAAAUAAUGUCAUUGAACA